AGAGAGAGAGAGAGAGAAGGAUUUAAAAACCUCUCAGAACUUUCUGAAAUCAGAAGAGAGAGCUUUCAAAAUCCGUCGGUUACCGAUCAUAUUGGGCUCUCUGUGAUCGGCUUUUGUCGUUUGGCAAAUCUUUGGAAUUUAAUUCGGCCAGAAAGAGAAUUUUUUUUUCUGGUUUAUACAGUAUCUCUCGUCCUCCCUGAUUCAUGCCGAUUUCACAGAUUUUCUGGCCUUUUUUUCUCCUUCUAAAAUGAAAUGGGCAAUGCAGAAGCGCAGGAGGAGGAACAGAGCAAUUCAAGCCCAGAACAAACAAAUUCCAAAAGCCCUUCUCCGCUUAGCUCUUUUAGUGACUCCAAAGUUUCUGUACUCGAUGGGUUUUCUUUUACUGAACCAGUCUUCAAUAUCGUGAGCAGAAGUCGAAAAGCCAACUACGAAGCAGAAGCAGUAGCAGUAGCAGCAGAAGCAGCAAGAGCAGACGGUGGUGGUGGUGACAAAAAUGGAAUUCGGUAGCAGGGGCGGUGGGUCCGGUGAGGACCCAGAUGUCUCUGACUCUCAGAGAAGGAAGAAGCGAUACCAUAGACACACAACUCGUCAGAUUCAACAGCUUGAAGCGGUUUUCAAGCAGCAUCCGCACCCCGACGAGAAACAAAGGAACCAGUUGAGCAAGGAUUUGGGGCUAGAGCCUCGCCAGAUCAAGUUCUGGUUUCAAAACAGGAGGACCCAGAUGAAGGCACAACAUGACCGUGCGGAUAAUUCUGCUCUAAAGGCAGAAAAUGAUAAGAUCCGAUGCGAAAACAUAGCAAUUAGAGAGGCGCUGAAGAAUGUCAUAUGCCCAAAUUGUGGGGGUCCUCCUGUUGGGGAGGAUUCAUAUUUAGAUGAACAGAAACUGCGAAUGGAGAAUGCGCGCUUGAAAGAAGAGCUUGAUAGAGUAGCAAGCAUAGCCGCAAAAUGUAUUGGAAGACCUAUUUCACAAAUCCCAUCCAUUCAACCUAUUCUAGGCUCCUCAUUGGAUUUAUCUGUUGGGAAUUUCGGAGGCCUGCCAAUGGGCGGACCAUCCCUUGAUCUUGAUCUUCUUCCAGGAAGCUCUUCCUCUGUUAUAUCACUGCCAUUGCCGACAGGCAUCCCAGAGAUGGAGAAGGCACUAAUGUCAGAGGUUGCUGCCAAUGCCCUUGAAGAAUUGAUCAGGCUUUUCCAGGCGAAUGAGCCCUUUUGGAUGAAGUCUCCAAUUGAUGGGAGGGAAGUACUUAAUAUUGAAAACUAUCAGAGGAUAUUUCCAAAACCCAACCACAUCAAACAUCCCAAUAUUCGGAUAGAGGCCUCGAGAGAUUCUGGUGUGGUUAUCAUGAAUGGACUGGCAUUGGUUGACAUGUUUAUGGACUCGAACAAAUGGGCUGAACUCUUCCCUACAAUUGUCCUGAGAGCAAAGACAAUUGAUGUGAUUUCAUCCGGCAUUGUUGGAAAUCGGAGCAGUUCCCUGUUACUGAUGUAUGCAGAAAUGCAGGUGCUCUCCCCACUGGUUCCAACUCGAGAAUUCUACUUUCUCCGUUACUGUCAGCAAAUUGAAGAAGGCUUGUGGGCCAUAGGAGAUGUCUCCUUUGACUUAUCCCAAGAGAUCCAGUCUUCUUUGCCUUUUUACAUUCGAAAGCUUCCUUCUGGAUGUUUGAUUCAAGACUUGCCCAAUGGAUGCUCCAAGGUUACUUGGGUGGAACACGUGGAAUUGGAAGACAAGAACCCAACUCAUCUGAUUUACAGGGAUCUUGUUCACAGUGGAAUGGCAUUCGGAGCUGAAAGAUGGAUUAAUACUCUUCAAAGAAUGUGUGAGAGAUUUGCUUGUCUGAUGGUGACGACUUCAUCUAGUCGAGACCUCAGUGGAGUUAUUCCCUCACCAGAAGGUAGGAGGAGCUUGAUGAAGCUUUCUCAAAGAAUGGUUAACAACUUCUGCACAGGUUUAGGUGCAUCAAAUGGUCACGGAUGGACCCCGCUUUCUGGCUUGAACGAUGUUGGCAUUAGAGUAACAGUUCACAAAAGCUCAGAUCUAGGCCAACCCAAUGGUGUGGUCCUCAGUGCAGCAACCACCCUGUGGCUCCCAGUUUCUCCACAGGUUGUCUUCAAUUUCUUUAGGGACGACAGAACUCGAUCUCAGUGGGAUGUGCUCUCCAAUGGUAAUUCCGUGCAAGAGGUUGCCCACAUUGCAAAUGGGUCUCAUCCUGGCAAUUGUAUCUCAGUUCUUCGCGUAAGUUUGUUGGAAUUUCUGAUAUCUUAUUUUGAUUAUGAUAGUUAUUGUGGAUUGGAUAUUUGGUUCAUCAUAAUGGGUUCUUUCCUACAGGCUUUAAAUGCUAGCCAGAAUAAUAUGUUGAUACUUCAAGAGAGCUGCACAGAUCCAUCUGGAUCACUCGUUGUCUAUUCACCCAUCGAUCUCCAGGCAAUCAACAUAGCAAUGAGUGGGGAAGACACCAGUUAUGUCCCUCUACUUCCAUCAGGGUUCACCAUCUCUCCUGAUGGCCAGCCAGACCAAGGGGGAGGAGCAGGGCCGUCGACAAGCUCAAAUAUGCAAGGGAGCAGCUCAAGUGGUUCACUUGUAACAGUGGCAUUUCAGAUACUUGUGAGCACCUUACCAUCUGCAAAGCUGAACAUGGAGUCAGUAACAACCGUUAGUAAUCUUAUCAACACCACUGUCCACCAAAUAAAAGCUGCCUUGAAUUACUCCAGUUCCUGAUAGAGCCGCGAAGGCUUCAUACAUAGUUCUCUUCUCCCCCAUCUCCAACCCUUUUAAAUAUACUGAUCAGAAGAACAGAGGAGCUCUUGCUGAUUAAAUAGAGGGAGUCAAGAACGCACCAUAGCCGUCCUCCCUUGCUGAAUGGUUCGGGUAUUGACUUCUGUUCAGGGAGUACUUCAUUUUCAUCUAGAAUAUGUUUCUCUUAUAUAGGAAAGUUCCCCAAUUUGUUCUCUGUCCUGACCGAUCUUUUUUAGUUAGUUAUAAUAGAAAAAGAAGUUAUUUGACAUUUGAAUAA